AUGGGUUUAUAAUUCAAAGCAGAAUAUAUCAUUUUAGUUAUUUGUGCAGUAUGGAUAGUUAUAGAUGCUAUAAUUGCACACACUUUAUUCGAAGCUAACCAUCAUGUAGCUAAAUACCUUUAAGGUGGAGUUUAAAAUAUUUCUGCACCAAGAUUUAUGGUUUUUAGAAUAAUUACUUAAUUUGGAUAUGCUCAUAUAGUAGGAAUAUUUAUAGCAGGUGGCUUUUUCUUGUUCCCAAAUAAAAUAUAAGCAUUAAAAGUUCUUAUUUAUACACUUUUUUCUUCUUAUAUUCUUUCCUUGCUAAAAUUGAUCUAUCAUGAACCACGCCCUUACUUUGUCUACCCUGAUUUAUAAGGAAUAGGAUGCGAUACUGAAUUUGGUAAACCAUCUGGCCAUGCAAUGGUUACCUCAGUUAUGUAUUUUAUACUUAUUGACUCUUUUCUAAACAGAAAAUUCUUUGAUUUUACUAAUUCUAUCAAUUUUGUUUCUGGAAAGAGAAGCUCAGGCCAUGUAGAGUUAGUUGAAGUAGUUAUUAUCGACAAGUAAAAUCCUUAAAGCGACACCAUCCUCAAUCAGUAAGUUUAGGAAGAUAAAUUUCUUGGAAAUAGCUUAGCAUUUGUUUUAUAUCUCAUUUGGAUCUUUUUGAUUGGAUUUAGUCGCGUUAUCUUAGGAGCUCAUAGUUUCAGUCAAGUUAUACUUGGAUGGACUUAUGGAACAAUUUGCAUUAUUCUCUACAGAUUAGUAUUAGAAAAAUAAUUAGAGAACGUUUUAUUAACUGCUGCUCAUAAAGGAUUUACAAACAUGAGUCAUUUCUAUAAAUAUGCUAUAAGCAGCCUAUUACUCUAUGCGAUUUUAAUUACAAUAAAUAUAGUUAUUUAUAAUGUUGUCAAUAAGUCUAUAAAGCUAGAAGAUAGAGAAAAAUAUGCAAAUAAUAUUAAGUCAAAGACAUAUUGUGUUGCAAAAUUCAAUCCAGAUAAUUUCACUUUCUUAGCAGACAAAUGUAUGAUGGAUUCGGUUACUUUAGCUGUUUGUUUUGGCGUUAUAAUUACAACUUUAUUCACCAAAGGAUCUUACAAACCAGAAAGAUGGAAUGAAAAUUUUAAGAAUCUCUCUAUUACCAAAAAGAUAGCAAGAAUCAUAGUUACAGCGAUUGUUUGUGCUAUUCCAGUAGGAAUGACAAUAUUCUUAAAAUUCAAUAAUAUUUACUUCCAUUAUUUCUUUAAAGCAGCAUUACAAGCAUUCUUAGUUUCCUUCUGUUUAAUUAAAGUAGCUCCAUGGGCAAUUAAAAAAGUUAAUAUGGAUAUUGAAGGUGACUUUUUAUAGUUUGAUGAUAAUAAUUCUUUCUUUGAUUCUUCAUUUACUGAAAAAGAAUUUAUAUAAUCAUACAAUAAAUGA